UUGAUAUUUGGUUUCAGGCAAUGUCAUCUGUAAAAGUUGAGCUUGCGGUGAAAGAGUACUGCAAGCUUGGAGAGUCACCUUUAUGGGAGGAAAAGGAAAAUUCCCUCCUCUUUGUGGAUGUAAUUGGCAAAAGGGUCUUCCGAUGGAAUUCUCUUACAAAGGAAGUGCGAAGUAUUCCCGUGGAUGAUCUAGUGAGCAUAGUGGCUCUUCGCAAAUGUGGUGGUUACAUUAUUACCCAAGGAACCCAGUUUGCUUCUCUGAACUGGGAAAACGAGUCUGUAACCAUCAUUAAUCACGUCGACAAGGAUAAACCCAAUAAUCGAUUCAACGAUGGAAAGGUGGAUCCUGCAGGAAGACUGUUUGCAGGAACAAUGGGCAAUGAAGUAGCCCCUGCAGUGCUGGAGCUGAAACAAGGUUCUCUCUUCACCUUGUUUCCUGACCACUCUGUAGUGAAAAACUUUGACUGCGUGGACAUCUCCAAUGGUUUGGAUUGGUCGCUGGAUAACAGAACAUUCUUUUACAUCGAUAGUCUCUCAUACUCUGUGGACGCCUUUGACUAUGACCUGCCAACAGGAGAGAUCUCCAACCGCAGAAGUAUAUAUAAGAUGAAAAAAGAAGACAAAAUCCCAGAUGGGAUGAGUAUUGAUACAGAAGGGAAACUCUGGGUUUGCUGCUACAAUGGAGGACGAGUGAUCCGUAUAGAUCCUGAAACAGGAAUACGGAUGCAGACUGUGAAGUUGCCUGUUAGUCAAACUACUUCCUGCUGUUUUGGUGGGCCUGAUUAUUCAGAAUUGUACGUCACUUCUGCUUCCCAAGGAAUGGAUGAGGCUGCGUGGUCACAGGAGCCGCAGGCUGGCAGCGUUUUCAAGAUAACUGGACUUGGAGUGAAAGGACUCCCACCAUGCUCAUAUGCAGGUUAACAAUCAACCUUUAAACAGAAGACCAGCUUCAAGAACAGCGAAGAAAGGAAAUGUCAGAGAUUUGCCAGUUUGGAAGCCUGUAU